CACUAAAACAAAAUCCAUGUCUUUUGCCACAAAGUUCUCUUCUUCUUCUUCUUCCCUUGCUAAAAUCCCACCUCUUCAAACACUGCUCAAACGAGGCUUUACUCCCACACUCAAAUCCAUCAACCAACUCCUCCUCUUCCUCUCUUCCUCCCGAAGAUUCAACGCUGUUAUCCAUCUCUACUCCCAGUUACAAUCCAACAAUAUCAAUGCCGAUUCCCAAACUCACUCAAUCCUUACUCGCUCUCUCCUCAAAUUGCACAGAUUCGAAGAAGCCGAGCAUCUCAUUAAUACCCAGACUUCAAAAUCUUCCAAUUUCCCCAGAUAUCGAUUUCAGGAUUCUUUAAUUCAAGGAUUCGGUGUUAUCCGGAACAACCCAGAAAAGGGUCUUUUUCUGUUGAAGGAUUGGUUAGCGGAUUCUGGUACUUUGCCUUCUUCUUUUACGUUUCGUUCGUUGAUUCAUAGUUUUGCAUCUCAAGGGAAUAUGGAUAGAGCAAUUGAGGUGUUGGAGUUGAUGACGGGUAAUGUUAGAUACCCCUUUGAUAAUUUUGUUUUUAGUUCUGUCAUUGCUGGUUUUUGUAAGACUGGGAGACCUGAUGUUGCUUUUGAAUUUUUCAAAAAAUGUGUAGAGUUCGGAGCUUUAAGGCCUAAUGUUGUUACUUAUACGGCUCUGUUAAAGGCUUUUAACCUGUUGGGUAGAUUUGAUGAGGCUUGUGAUUUGGUUUCUGGCAUUGAAAAACAAGGGCUGGUUUUGGAUGUUGUUCUUUAUAGCUGUUGUAUUUUAGGGUACUUUAGAAAUGGGUGUUUAAUUGAGGCUUUGAAUAAGCAUAGAGAGAUGGUGGAUCGAGGAAUUAAUCCGGAUAUCGUAAGCUACACUAUUCUUGUCGAUGGAUUUUCGAGGGAAGGCAGCGUGGAAAAGGCUGUUGGGUUUCUGAAGAAGAUGUUGAAAGAUGGGGUGAUGCCCAAUGUGAUUACGUACACGGCAAUCAUGUUAGGAUUUUGUAAGGAAGGGAAAUUGGAGAAGGUAUUUACAUUAUUUAAGGAAGUUCAAGAUAUGGGGAUUGAAGUGGAUGAGUAUAUGUACGCAACACUGAUCUAUGGAGCUUGUCGGAAAGGAGAUUUUGAUUGCGUCUUCCAUCUGUUGGGUGAAAUGGAGAAGAAGGGGAUUAAGCCGAGUGUUAUUACCUAUAACAUAGUCAUCAACGGUUUGAGUAAGGUUGGGAGGACGUCUGAAGCGGAUAGCAUAUUCAAAGAGGCAGGUGGGGAUAUUAUAGCAUACAGUACUUUGUUGCAUGGUUACACUGAAGAAGAGAAUGUGGAAGGGAUUUUUAAGACGAAAGGAAAAUUGGAAGAAUCAGGGCUCCGUAUGGAUGUCGUUGCAUGUAACAUACUUAUCAAAGCACUCUUUAUGGUUGGUGCAUUUGAAGAUGCCCGUGCACUCUACCAAGCAAUGCUGGAAAUGGACUUGAAUGCAAAUCCAAUUACUUAUUGCACAAUGAUUGAUGGCUAUUGUAAAGCAGGUAGAAUAGAGGAGGCACUUGAGGUAUUUGAUGUGUUUAGGAUGUCAUUAGUUUCUUCUGUUGCAUGCUAUAAUUGCAUGAUUAGUGGGCUAUGCAAAGAGGGAAUGGUUGAUAUGGCCAUUGAGGUGAUUAUUGAACUUUGUGAGAAAGGUUUGGUUUUGGACAUGGGUAUCUCUAUGAUGUUGAUCCGGGCAGCUUUUGCUGAAACAGGUGCAGCGGGAGUUAUGAAUUUUGUUUACAAACUCGAGAAUUUUGGGUCAGACGCUUACAAUAGUUUAUGCGGUGAUGCUAUAUGUUUCUUGUGCAAAAGAGGUUUUGUUGAAGCUGCAAGUGAAUUGCACACUGUGAUGAGGUGGAAGGGUUUAAUAUUGAUGAAAAGUUCCUAUAAUCUCUUACUGAAAAAGCUUAUUUACGGUGGGAAAAUGUCUCUAGUUGGUCCUUUUCUUAAUUUCUUUCUAAAAGAGUAUGGCCUUGUUGAGCCUAUUGUUUGCAAGAUUUUGGCACAAUACCUGUGUCUUAAGAAUAUGGACAUUGCACUACGGUUCCUCAAGAAAAUGAAAGAGCUAGUAUCAACAGUCAUUUUGCAUCCCACGGUUUUGAAAAACCUUGUGAAAGAGGGCAGGUUAUUGGAUGCAUAUAAACUUGUCUUAGAAGCCAGGGAAAGUUUCCCUGCUAUGGAUGUGGUUGAUUACUCUAUCCUGGUUCAUGCCCUUUGCAAGGAAGGAUACCCUAAUCAAGCCUUAGAUUUGUGUGCUUUUGCUAAAACUAAGGGGAUUACUCCCAACAUUGUCACAUACAAUUCGGUCAUAAAUGGAUUGUGCCGCCAGGGGUGUCUUAUUGAAGCUCUUCGACUAUUUGACUCGUUAGAAAGAAUUGGCUUGGUUCCCUCUACAGUAACAUAUGCGACACUAAUUGAUAAUUUAUGUAAGCAAGGAUUACUGCUAGAAGCCAAAAAUUUAUUUGAUACUAUGAUAAACAAGGGAUGUAAACCAAAUAUAUGUGUAUAUAAUUCAUUCAUUAUCAAUUACUGCAAGUUUGGUCGGAUGGAUGAAGCUUUGAAGCUUCUAUCUGAUCUGGAGAUCAAGGGUGUUAAGCCUGAUGAAUUCACUGUUAGUGCUCUGAUUUAUGGCUACUGUAAGAAGGGUGACAUGGAAGAUGCUCUUACAUUCUAUUCUGAGUUCAAAAUGAAAGGUGCAUCUCCCGAUUUCUUGGGUUAUAUCCAUAUGGUACGAGGUCUUUGUGCAAAAGGAAGGAUGGAAGAAGCAAGGAAUAUCUUGAGAGAAAUGCUUCAGACAAAAUCUGUUGUAGAGUUGAUAAAUAAUAUUGAUACCAAGACCGAGCCAGAGUCGAUAGAAAGUUUUCUUGUAUUCUUAUGUGAACAAGGAAGUAUCCAAGAAGCUCUGGUUGUUCUUAAUGAAAUUGCAUCUAUACUCUUUCCUAGUCAAAAGUGGUCCAACAUUGAACAAGAGUCUCAAGCACCAAACAAUGUUGUGAAGAGUGAAGUUCCUUCUGCAGUCUCUACAGUGUCAGCAGGAUCCAACAAAAUAUCCGGUUUACAUUGCACAACGAAUGACCCUCAUAAAAUACAUAAGUUGGUGGAAGAUUGUGAUGUUGGAAAAGACGAAUCUCAAUUUCGCGACUUUGGCUGUUACUAUUCCUUACUUAGUUCACUCUGUUCAAAAGGGGAGCAAGACAAAGUGAAUAAAAUCAUGAAUGAAAUGAUUUCAAGUUUGCAGGGAGACCUAUAUUCAAAUUACUGAUAUUUUGGUUUCUGUGUCUAAAAUCUAAAGCUUUUUCUGCUCCUAAUAUGAAGACAGGAAGCCGAGCAGUUACAAGCUAAAGCCAAACGAUAUGAUGCUCUAUGAACUUCUUCUGUUCUUAAAGAAGCUCUGCCUCCUGUUGGUUACACUUGUCUUUUUCAAGAUGCUCAUGUAUUUGGAGUCUUUGGACGAUCACAUCCUGUAUUCAAAUAGGUGUCAGAUAUGGGUGCCAGAGUACUUCAAGAAAACCGAAGAGUCGAAGCAACAUGGCCAUUAGCCGGGUUCGGAUGGCAAAGAUUGCGUUGCUGAUGAGCAUUGCUUGCCGACCUUUUUCCAUGUCGAUCCUGGUGAUUUUGCUAACUGCCGCGGGACACUUUCACAUGUUGACUGGUCUGCAAGAAAUUGGCAUUCGGAAUCAUGUUCGGCUCAGGAUGUUACAGGAGAGCUUCUGAAGAAUGAUAUGGUACAUGGCCUUAUGACUUGUAUAUUCUCAAGCAAUCCCAUUGCAAUAAUGGCUUGCCACUUUGUUCUUGAUGCUUAUGACCAUGAGGUAAUAAGGUCAUUAAGAAAACGUAUAUUUCUCUUUCGCCA